UGUAGUGUUCAUAGCUUUUUCAUUUUUUGCGCUUUUCUCAUUUCGCUUUUUCUAUGCGUCUUGUACAGUUGUUUUAAUUGAUCGUUUUUUCAUAUACACAAUUCUCGACCUCGAACGGCGCGUUCUGCUUUCCUGCGGCGGCGUGUUGCGAUUGCUUUGUUGGUGUGCUUUGGAAAGUCUGAGCUUCGCGGAACCAACACUGGAAUAUCGUAUCAGGGAGUGUGCAAUAUCAGUGGAGUUAGUCCAACCGUCACUACUGAAGGUCAGCGUGUUGAUACUUUUAUCUGACACUAAUCCUUUCCUUCUGGUGCGGUAGUGUAAGACUAGUUUUCACUCCACUACAUAUUUGGUGACCCCUGUUUUUCUUUUUUUCCUACUGGAACAUUUUUUCGCUUGCACAAUGUCGUCCAGUACCACUCCCCACAUUGACUCUUCUGAAAAUUUUGUUGGUUUUUCCUUACCGGCUUUUGACGUUAACAAUGCACGUGUCUGGUUUUUACAGUUAGAAGCUCUUUUCCGUUGCCGUAGGAUCACUUCUCAAACCUCUAUGUUUUCCUACGUCGCUGCCCAUCUUCCCACGCACAUAGCCGCCGAUGUGGUUGACCUACUCGACCCUGUUCCUACUGAUUCCCCCUACGAUAAGCUUAAGGCUGCCGUUUUGAAACGCCUUACAGCUUCUGAUGAGAGCAGACUUCACCAACUUCUCUCCGGAGUUGAACUGGGUGAUCGUUCACCUUCACAGCUUCUCCGUUAUAUGCGCUCUCUCGUAGGUUCCUCUAAAGUCGACGACAGUGUCUUACGUCAAUUGUGGCUAAAAUGUCUUCCAUCCAACACUACGGCGAUUCUCGCUGUAUCCGCCGACGAUUUGUCACUUGACAAACUAGCAGAAACGGCCGACAAAGUUCAUGAGUGUUUCUUUCAACGCCCAGUUUGUCACGCUGUUGUCACCCCACCUGAGACUUCCUCGUCAUCAGAUCCCAUUGAAUCCAUUUGUCAGAGACUGUCCAUACUCGAACUCGCCGUUAAGAGAGGACGUCGCCCCCGCAGUCGAAGUUUUAGGUCCACUUCGAGAAGCAGAAGCAGAAACAGACACGCUAGGAACACUGGACAGCAUAUUUGCUAUUAUCAUCGACGUUUUGGUGAUGCCGCUAAAAAUUGUCGUCCUGGUUGCUCGCACCCGAAAGCCUUCCCCAAGGCUCAACAGGGAAACGCCCCAGCCAGCCAGUAAUGGCGACGACUUCGGCUGGCACAUCUUCUAGUCGCCUGCUUUUUGUCCGUGAUUCCACAACCAACCUUUCAUUCUUGGUUGACACUGGAGCCGAGGUCAGCGUUCUGCCUCGUGGAAUGGAAAAACGCUACCUCAUUCCCACAGGACCUACUCUCCAGGCGGCUAAUAACACGAGAAUCCAGACCUACGGUCAGAAGUUGCUUACUCUCGAUCUUGGUCUUCGACGAACAUUUUCUUUCGUUUUCCUGAUCGCAGAUGUACAACGCCCCAUUAUCGGUGUCGAUUUCCUCACCCAAUUUGGUCUUAUUGUCGACUUACGUAACAGGGAACUUCGUGAUAGUAUCACCUCCCUCACCACUCCGGGCAGAGCCACUUCGAUCAGCUCGAUCGGACUUCGCAUGACUCUACCUACUAACACUGUGUUCACCGAGUUACUCCAACAAUUUCCCGCGUUGUAUCUGCCGUCCAAUAAUUGUCCCGCACCUAAACACGAGAUUGUGCACCACAUCGUUACUCGUGGACCACCGGUCACUUCUCGACCUCGCCGACUACCACCCGAUAAACUCGCCAACGCCAAAGCCGAGUUUGAGCACAUGCUCCGUCUUGGUAUCGUCCGGCCUUCUAAUAGCCCAUGGUCUUCACCUUUGCACAUGGUCCCCAAAAAGUCUCGUGGAGAUUGGCGACCUUGUGGUGAUUACCGUCAGCUUAAUAAUGUCACUGUCCCUGACAGGUAUCCGGUACCACAUAUUCAUGACUUUUCUAUGUGUCUAGACGGCAAAGUAAUUUUCUCUAAGAUUGACUUGGUCCGGGCAUAUUACCAAAUUCCUGUCGCCCCUGAUGACAUUCCCAAGACAGCUAUAACCACCCCCUUCGGUCUUUUUGAAUUUGUCCGUAUGCCUUUUGGACUACGAAAUGCCGCACAAACAUUUCAACGAUUCAUUGACCAGGUUCUCCGCGGACUUGAUUUCGUUUUUGCUUAUAUCGAUGACAUUCUCGUGGCCAGCUCUAACCACGAAGAACAUCUCUCUCAUCUUCGCCAAAUCUUUGAGCGUUUUGAUCACUAUGGCGUUACCAUCAACGUGGACAAAUGUGUCUUUGGCCAGUCCAGUGUUGAUUUUCUCGGUCAUCGAAUCGAUCGCACCGGAAUCAGUCCACUCCCGGAGAAAACAAAAGCAAUCACGGAGUAUCCGAUGCCACAGUCCUACAAAAGCCUGCGCCGUUUCCUCGGUAUGGUGAAUUAUUACGGCCGCUUUAUACCCGAUUGCUCUAAACUGCUUCAACCUUUAACCGACUUGCUUAGAGGAAAGACUCGAAAAUUCAAACCCACGAACGAAGCAAUAGACGCUUUCGACAAGAUUAAACAUGCUUUGUCUAACGUCACAGCGUUGAGCCAUUUACGGACGGAUGUUAACACACCUCUCAUCCUUAAAACCGAUGCGUCACAAACCGCAGUCGGAGCCGUUCUGCAGCAACUCAUCAAUGGUCAUCCCGAACCAUUAUCCUUUUUCUCCCGUAAAUUACAGCCCGCACAAACUAGAUAUAGUACCUUCGGAAGAGAACUUUUGGCUAUCUAUCUCGCCAUUAAACACUUUCGACACCUCCUUGAAGGUCGUUCAUUUACCAUUCUAACUGAUCACAAGCCACUUGUUUUUGCCUUUCGCGGUUCUUCGGACCGUUUUUCCCCUCGUGAAACCCGACAUCUUGAUUACAUAUCGCAGUUCUCUACGGACAUCCGUCAUAUAGACGCCACUGACAACGUGGUAGCCGACGCAAUGUCCCGCAUUGGAAUUCAAGAACUUUCACGUCCGACCUUUGAUCUAGAGGAAAUCGCUGCGCAUCAGGAGGGAGAUUCUGAGUUUAUGCAAAUGAAAUCAAACCCUUCGAUCAAACUUACCCUUCUGCCGCUUCUUAACUCUGACUCCAAAGUUCAUUGUGACAUGUCUACGGGUAAGCCCCGACCCUACGUUCCCCAACGUUACCGCCGUGUCGUUUUCGAUCAUUUCCAUGGACUCUCGCACCCAGGCAUUCGAGCUACUGUUAAGUUGAUCACAGAUCGCUUUGUUUGGCCCAAUAUGCGCUCUGACAUCCAACAGUGGGCAAAGCACUGUGUUACUUGUCAGACCAGCAAGAUUCAUCGCCAUACAAUCACUGUCCCUGGCACCUUUUCAUCACCGGAUGCUCGCUUCAGGCAUGUCCAUUUGGAUAUCGUUGGUCCUUUGCCCCCUUCCAACGGUUUUCAAUACUUGCUGACAUGUGUUGAUAGAUUUACACGUUGGCCGCAUGCAGUGCCAUUACGGGACGUUUCCACCGAAACAGUAGCGCGAACCUUCAUCGAAACCUGGAUUUCGUUCUUUGGCACACCUGCUACUAUCACGACAGACAGAGGUCCGCAGUUCACUUCUUCGUUGUUUCGUGACCUAAGUCGUUUGCUCGGUUGUUCUCACAUACGCACAACCGCUUACCAUCCCGCUGCCAAUGGUUUGGUCGAACGCUUCCAUCGCCAACUGAAAGCUUCGAUUACCGCUUCUCAGUCGAGCACGCAAUGGUCGGAGCGUUUGCCAAUAAUCCUACUUGGCAUACGUAACACGGUCAAGGAAGACAUAGGCUGUUGCCCUGCUGAGUUAGUUUUUGGCACGCCACUUAGACUUCCUGGAGAGAUGGUGUUGGAUUCAAGGGUCACUGGUGAAAUGGAUCCUACAUCCUAUGCCACACGCCUGAGGAGUCAUUUCAGCUCGGUACGCCCAACACCUCCACGACUCACGCCUCGUAACCCACAGGUCCAUCCUGAUCUUCGCGAUUGUCGCUACGUUCUUGUGCGCAUCGAUACUGUUCGUAAACCUCUGACGCCACCCUACGAGGGUCCUUACAAGGUUAUCGACCGCAAGGACAAGUAUUUUGUGUUGGACCGAAAUGGCUGCAAAGACUCUGUAAGCAUCGAUCGUUUGAAACCCGCUUACAUCGAACCUCUUCCGUCUCAGCAAUCUUCAGACGCAUCUGUUCCCGAAGACGAUCCAUCGCCGAGCACUCCCCCUACACAGCCUAUGUGUGAUCCCAGUGUCCUUCCCUCGCAACCCUCUGCAGCUCCCCCUGCAACCACUCACACACACAAACGCACACGUUUUGGUCGUACGGUGGUUCUUCCUUCUAAACUAGCGUUUUACAAUCAGUGAGGCGUACAUUUCGAGCAUUCGCUUGCCCACUCACGCUCUAGGGGGGAGUCCUGUAGUGUUCAUAGCUUUUUCAUUUUUUGCACUUUUCUCAUUUCGUUUUCCUAUGCGUCUUGUACAGUUGUUUUAAUUCAUCGUUUUUUCAUAUACACAAUUCUCGACCUCGAACGGCGCGUUCUGCUUUCCUGCGGCGGCGUGUUGCGAUUGCAUUGUUGGUGUGCUUGGAAAGUCUGAGCUUCGCGGAACCAACACUGGAAUAUCGUAUCAGGGAGUGUGCAAUAUCAGUGGAGUUAGUCCAACCGUCACUACUGAAGGUCAGCGUGUUGAUACUUUUAUCUGACACUAAUCCUUUCCUUCUGGUGCGGUAGUGUAAGACUAGUUUUCACUCCACUACA